AUGGCGCUCGCAACGCGGAAACCCUCAGGUCGUCGAUCGAGAGCCCCUUCGCGGCCUCGACGACCGAAGGAUCCAUCUUUGGCGGGCUGUUGCAAAAGAUUCACUGCGUUCAUGUUCUCACACAUCGGGCUGUGCGCCCUGGUUGUCGCGUAUUCGAUCUUCGGCGCGUUCGUGUUCCGACAUCUCGAAGCACAUCACGAGGACCAGAAGGCGCAGGAGGUCCAGGAGCUCCGGGACUCGACCAUAGACCAUUUGUGGAGCAUCACCAUCGAACUAAAUGUGCUAUUCAAGGAAAACUGGACUAUGUCGGUGCAGCAAGUUAUGCGGAACUUUUCCUCGGAGCUCGUCCGCCACGUGAAAGAAGGAUACGACGGCAAGGAGGCAGGAAAAGAAGGAACCCAGUGGUCACUUGGGAGCGCCUUUCUCUACUCACUCACUGUCAUCACCACCAUCGGUUACGGGAACAUAUCUCCGAAAACAGCCGAGGGAAGAGUCGCUACCAUUCUAUACGCGCUGGUGGGAAUUCCAUUGAUGCUGCUCUACCUCACAAAUAUAGGAGACUUGUUGGCGAAGGCAUUCAAGUAUUCAUACGUGAGGUGAGUGCUUUCGAAGCACAGAAAAGGCGCUACUGGGACUAGUCUCCGACGAGCUCCCGGAGGACGAACAGAUUGCAGGAUUGCUCAAAAACUAUGCUUCUGCCGGGGCUCGAGAAAAGAUCAGAAAGCACUCAGAAUGCCACGAGGACAUUUCAACUACAAUCAGUCAGAAAAUCUCACACCAUUGGGUCCAAACGCAUCCAAAGCAAUGCUCAAGACUCCUUCGCUCAAACUGGAUCUGCACGAUCUUCAGCUGACGACCGCGUACAAUUAUCCGCUAGCGGGCCAGGGAUAUCCUUCCCAGCACAGCAGCGGUAGCGAAUAUUACAGGUCAACGGAUCGAGUCUCUGUGCCAAUCAGCCUCUGCAUGGCGAUUAUAACACUGUACAUAUGUGCCGGUGCUUUUCUGUUCUCCUUCUGGGAGAAGGAAUGGGACUACCUCGAAGGGUCAUACUUCUGCUUCGUGACGCUUUCUACUAUUGGCUUCGGGGACCUGGUUCCCGGUCAGAGUAUCGAGGGUUCGGAACAGAAGUUAGCCAUCUGCUCCAUUUAUCUGCUCACUGGUCUCGCUCUGAUAGCCAUGUGUUUCAACCUAGUGCAGGAACAGGUUGUUUACAAAUUGCGGAAAAUGGGGAAGCAUCUCGGUGUUGUCUCGGACUCCGAGCUGGACACCAGUGAUCUCGAAUGA